GCGCCGUCAUUUCCGCCCCCGCCGCCGCGAGCGCCGUUCCUAGCCCGGCCAGAGGGGCUCGUGUCCCUUGCCAGGCUCCCCGCGCUGUGCCGCCGCCAUGGCCAUGAGGCAGACCCCGCUGACCUGUUCCGGGCACACGCGGCCCGUGGUGGAUCUGGCGUUCAGCGGCGUCACCCCCUAUGGGUAUUUCCUGAUCAGCGCCUGCAAGGAUGGUAAGCCUAUGCUGCGUCAGGGCGACACAGGAGACUGGAUCGGCACAUUUCUAGGUCAUAAAGGUGCUGUUUGGGGUGCCACUUUAAACACAGAUGCCACUAAAGCAGCUACAGCAGCAGCAGAUUUUACAGCCAAAGUGUGGGAUGCUGUGUCAGGCGAUGAACUAAUCUCAUUGGCUCACAAACACAUUGUCAAAAGUGUGGAUUUUACACAGGAUAGCAAUUAUUUGUUAACAGGUGGACAAGAUAAACUGUUGCGUAUCUAUGACUUGAGCAAGCCAGAAGCAGAACCUGAUGUUGUCAGUGGGCAUACUUCUGGCAUUAAAAAGGCUUUAUGGAGCAGUGAUGACAAACAGAUUCUUUCAGCUGAUGAUAAAACUGUCCGCCUCUGGGACCGGAGUACCAUGACAGAAGUAAAGGCCCUAAAUGUUGCAAUGUCAGUGAGCAGCAUGGAGUAUGUUCCAGAAGGGCAGAUACUUGUGAUAACCUAUGGGAAGACUAUUGCUUUUCACAGUGCUGAAACUCUAGAGCAGAUUAAAUCAUUUGAAGCACCUGCUACAAUCAAUUCUGCAUCACUUCACCCUGCAAAAGAAUGUUUGGUUGCUGGUGGUGAAGAUUUUAAACUCUAUAAAUAUGACUACAAUACAGGAGAAGAAUUAGAAUCUUACAAAGGACACUUUGGUCCAAUUCACUGUGUGAGGUUUAGCCCUGAUGGAGAGUUGUAUGCAAGUGGCUCUGAGGAUGGUACACUAAGGCUGUGGCAGACAACAGUAGGGAAGACCUACGGUCUUUGGAAGUGUGUAGUUCCUGAAGAGGAGAACGCAGAAGCAGCAAAAGCAAGGACCACCCUUCCAGGAACUGCAGAAGAAGAAAUAGAAGAACUUCCUUCUGAAAAUUCAGAUACAGUGUACAGCUCAACUCCUGAAGUUAAGGCCUGAUUAUCGCAACUGUUACGCAGCAUAUGGACAUAUGAGACUAAAUCAAGUGAACAGUGAUAAACGGCAGCCUUCCAGAGUGCGCUCUCUACAUAAGGCAACGAUGGGCAGUAAUUGAUGAGAAUGCGGUGGAACCGGCUAGGUGUUGUUUGUAAGAGAACAGAGUAUCCAAAAUGAAAAAAAGACAAGUAGUUAGAGUUCUGCUAUCUUUUUAGCAUAACUGCCUACUGUCUUUUCAAAGAAGUCUGCAAGCCAAGAUCCAGUCUCUCCAAUUUCAGUUAAACUCAUUGUAGUGUGUUUUCCUUAUUAUGGAGAAGAGAUGCAAUGGCUUUUAUCCGUUCUUUUUUCCUUGAAAGUCAGGAAAUUUGGCUUUAGUUGAAAAGAAGGGAUUAUGUACUAAAAAUAUUUGGUUUGGGUUUUGUUUCAUUGUACGCUGCUUUGGAACGUUUAACUGUUUUCAGUUGUCUAAAUAAAAUGCCUCUCAAAACUUU